AUGGCCGAGGCACGGCCGAGCUCCAGCAUCAUCCUCCUGUCCCCAACCAACCAGGUGCUCCUCCUCCACCGCGUCCAGACAUCAACCUCGUUCCCCUCAGCCCACGUCUUCCCCGGCGGCAACGUCUCCCCCUUCCACGAGCCCCCCCUCCCACCACCACACUCCCCAGACCGCCACCGCGACUCCCCGGCAUACCGCCUCGCCGCCGUCCGCGAGACCUUCGAGGAGUCCGGCAUCCUCAUCGCCAAGCGCUCCCUGGCCGACGACGCCCUCCUCGUCGUGCCCGAGCCCGAGCGCGAGGAGGCGAGGAGGGAGAUCCACGCGGACAGGAUGAGCUUCACCCAGUGGGCCGAGGACCGCCUGGGUGCGACCCUGUGCGUCGACGACCUGGUCCCCUUCACGAGGUGGGUCACGCCGGCCAACGGGCCCAAGCGCUUCACCACGCAGAUGUACCUCUACUUCAUGCCGCUGGCCGAGUCGCCCCGCGCCGGAGGAGGCGCGGGCCCCGUCGGCACCGACGUCGUGCAGACGCCCACCCCAGACGGCGGGGUGGAGCACACGGCGGCCACCUUCGCCGACGCCUCCGCGUGGCUCCAGAAGCAAGCCCAAGGCGAGAUCGUGCUGUUCCCGCCGCAGUGCUACCUCCUCACCCUCGUGGCCCAGGUCUUCGCCUCGGUGGCGCCCCAAGGAGCCGGCCACGACCUGGAGGCGACAUAUGCGGCCCAGAGACGGGCCCUGGUGGAGUUCGUGCGCAGGACGCCUACGGCCACCGGCCCCGUUGCCGCGGGCGGUGACAAGGCGCUGCACCCGACGGCGCUGAUACCCUGGGCCGACAAGGUCAUGAGCCCACAUGUUCUGUUCAUCAGGGACACUGACGGCAGGCUCGUGCUGGGGGUUGACAAGCCCGGCCCGGAGCUCAGGGGGACCGGGGCAGGUGGUGACCACGAGAGGGUGGUCUUGGUCAAGUUUUCCAAGGGCGGGCCCCAAGACGUGGAGGUGAGAGGGAGGGAAGAGGUUUUGAGGGAGCAGAAAGUUCUGAAGGAGGGAGCCAAAGAGACCGGGAAAUUAUAA